AUGGACAACGGCCCUAUCGAUCCCAAUCGGGACGUGGAGCAAGAACACCCGGUGCAAGUCGACCACACCGAGAAGCACGAAUCUUCCUCCUCCGGAGCUCCUCUAACGCAGAUGUCGGAAACCUCGGAAGAUAACACUUACACGGCGACCCCGGUGCCUCUCACCGAUGUCGAGAACAUGGACCCCGAUUCCCGGGACGUGAACGAUCUGCAGCGGGUGCUGUCCAACCCCGAGUCGCUGCACAAGCUGCAGUCAUACACAGAGCAGAUUUCUCGUCGAAUGACCCAAGAUGAGCGAGAGUCUCUCAAGAACAACGAAGACACCUUUGACCUGGCCCGAAUUCUCGACGGCUUUGUGCAAAAGUCCCACGAGCAAGGCGUGCACAUGCGUUCUGCAGGCGUGGGCUGGAGAAACCUGACCACCGACGGUAUCGACCAGUCCACCGUCUUUGUUCCUUCGGUCGACGAGCUGCUGCGAGCCCUGGCCACCCUGCCAGUCCAAAUCGCUAAGGCUUUCAAGAAGAAGCAGACUCGACACAUUAUCCAGAACAACAACGGAGUGCUCAAGGCCGGAGAGAUGUGCCUGGUGCUCGGCCGACCUGGAUCUGGAUGCUCCACCUUCCUCAAGACCAUUACCGGACAGGUCGGAGGCUACACUGGCGUGGAGGGAGACAUUUCAUACGACGGUCUCAGCCAGAAGGACAUGCUGGAGUACUUUAAGUCGGACAUUAUCUACAAUGGAGAGCUGGACGUGCAUUUCCCCCAUCUCACCGUCGAAGAGACUCUUAACUUUGCUGUCGGAUGCCGAACCCCACGACAGCGUCUGGACGGACUCACUCGAGACCAGUACAUCAAAAACUACGUCCAGCUGCUGGCAACCGUCUUCGGUCUGCGUCACACCUACAACACCAAGGUUGGAAACGAUUUCGUUCGAGGUGUGUCUGGAGGAGAGCGAAAGCGAGUCUCUAUUGCAGAGGCCCUGGCUACCCGAGCUUCCAUUUUUGCUUGGGAUAACGCUACUCGAGGUCUCGAUGCCUCCACUGCUCUGGAAUACUCUCAGGCCAUCCGAGCCACCACUAACAUUCUCAACAAUGCGUCGUUUGUUGCCAUCUACCAGGCCGGAGAGCACAUCUACAACCUCUUUGACAAGGUCACUGUGCUCUACUCUGGUCGACAGAUUUACUACGGACCCGCCGAUCACGCCAAGGACUACUUCCAGCGAAUGGGUUACGAGUGCCCUCCUCGACAGACUACCGCCGAGUUCCUCACAGCUGUUACCGACCCCCUUGGCCGAGAGCCCUACCCUGAGAUGGUCGGCAAGGUGCCCACCACCGCUGACGAGUUCGAGAAGUACUGGCUGGCCUCCCCCGAGUUCCGAGUGGUCCAAGCCGAGUACGACGACUAUGUGGGUUCCCAUAACGCCGAGGAGACAUUCCAGAACAUGCAGGACUCGCUGUCCAAGGAUAAGAUGAAGCGACAGCGAAAGAAGUCGCCCUACCUCAUCUCCUUUGCCAUGCAGAUGCGACUCCUCACCCAGCGAGGUUUCGAGCGUCUCAAGGGAGACAUGGCCUACCAGACCAUCAACGUGUGUGCCAACAUCAUCCAGGCCCUCGUCAUUGGUUCGCUUUUCUACAACAUUACUGAGUCCACCGCUGGAGCAUUCUCUCGAGGUGGUGUUCUUUUCUUUACUCUUCUGUUUAAUGCUCUCGCCUCUAUGGCCGAGAUUUCCCACUCCUUCUCCCAGCGACCUAUUAUUGUGAAGCAAAAAAGUUACUCGUUCUACCACCCUGCCGGCGAGGCCCUCCAGGCCCUGCUGACCGAUAUCCCCGGUAAGCUUGUUACCAUGAUCUGUUUCACCCUCAUUGUUUAUUUCUUGACCCACCUGAACCGAACGGCCGGCCAGUUCUUUGCCCAUCUGUUCAUUUUGUUCGUCACAACCCAGUGUAUGACGGCCUUUUUCCAAGUGCUGGCCUCUGCCACUCCUUCCGUUGAAGUUGCCAAUUCGCUGGCUGGUAUUGGUAUUCUGAUUAUCGUCGUCUACUCUGGUUAUAUGAUCCCCACCCCUACCAUGCAUGUGUGGUUCAAGUGGCUGAACCGAGCCAACCCUGUGGCUUACGGUUUCGAGGCCCUGAUGGCCAACGAGUUUCACAACCGAGUCAUGACCUGUGAGCAGAUUGUGCCCGCUGGUCCAGACUACUCCGGCAUGCCCGAAUCCAACAAGGUCUGCUCCUUCUCUGGUUCCACACCCGGUUCUCUGGUCGUCACUGGUGACAACUACAUCAAGAACUCGUACAACUACUCUUUCUCGCACAUGUGGAGAAACCUGGGUAUUCUGUUUGCUUUCUGGAUGGGCUUCGUUUUCUUCAACGUCACCUUCUCCGAGUACAUCCAAUACCACUCCUCUUCUGGUGACGUUCUGCUGUUUAAGCGAGGCCAUAUUCCCGAGGAGCUGCAGAAGGAGGGUGCUGAUAUUGACGAGGUGAUUGCUGACAAGGCCCAGGCUGACGAUUCCGAGAAGAAGAUGGACCGCCUCCUCUCCCUCGAUGAAGAGCGAGACGUCUUCACCUGGCAAAAUGUCGACUAUGUCAUUCCUAUUGCUGGCGGUACUCGAAAGCUGCUAGAUAACGUGCAGGGUUACGUCAAGCCCGGUACUAUCACUGCUCUUAUGGGAGAGUCUGGUGCUGGUAAGACCACUCUACUCAACGUUCUGUCUCAGCGAAUCAACUUUGGUGUCAUCACUGGUGACAUGCUUGUCAACGGCCGACCUCUGGAUCGAACUUUCCAGCGACGAACCGGUUAUGUCCAGCAGCAGGAUCUGCAUCUUGCUGAGUCCACUGUUCGUGAAUCUCUGAUUUUCUCUGCCCGUCUUCGACAGCCCUCUUUUGUCCCCGACCAGGAGAAGAUUGACUACUGUGACAAGAUCAUCAAGCUGCUUGGUAUGGAAGCUUACGCAGAGUCUCUUGUUGGAGAGACUGGUCGAGGUCUCAACGUGGAGCAACGAAAGAAGCUGUCUAUCGGUGUCGAGCUUGUCGCCAAGCCUUCUUUGCUGCUGUUCUUGGAUGAGCCUACUUCUGGUCUUGACUCUCAGUCUGCUUGGGCUAUUGUCCAGUUCCUCAAGAACCUUGCUGCUGCCGGCCAGGCCAUUCUGUGUACCAUCCAUCAGCCUUCUGCUACUCUGUUUGAGGAGUUUGACCGUCUUCUGCUUCUGAAGAAGGGUGGCCAGACCGUCUACUUCGGUGAUAUUGGUAAGAACUCCAACACCCUCGUCUCUUACUUUGAGCGACAGGGUGGUCGAAAGUGUGCUCCCGAUGAGAACCCUGCCGAAUACAUUCUCGAGUGUAUCGGUGCCGGUGCUACUGCUACUGCCGAUGGAGACUGGCACGAUAAGUGGAAGAACUCUGAGGAGUACCGACAGACCACCGAUGAGAUUGCCAAGCUCCAACAGGAGCUUGCUCAGCGACCCCAGAAGGAACUGGACCCCUCUCUUCAGCGAAAGUACGCUGCUCCUUACAUGACUCAGCUGCGAUGGGUUCUUCGACGAACCCAGAUUCAGUUCUGGCGGUCUCCCGGCUACAUUAUGGCCAAGUUCAUGCUUCUUAUCGUUGGUGGUCUCUUCAUUGGUUUCUCUUUUUGGGACAUCAAGUUCACCCUGUCUGGAAUGCAGAAUGCCAUUUUCGCUGUCUUCAUGAUCACCACUCUGUCUGUGCCUCUUAUCAACCAGAUCCAGUCGUUUGCCUUCCAGUCCCGAGAGUUGUUUGAGGUUCGAGAGUCGUCGUCCAACACCUUCCACUGGUCUUGUCUGCUCUUCUCUCAGUUCAUUUCUGAGCUGCCUUACGCUCUGAUUGGUGGAACCAUCUUUUACUGCUGUGUCUACUUCCCCACCAAGCUAGGUACUUCUGCUCGAGUGGCCGGAUACUUCUACUUCAUCUACGCCAUUCUGUUCAACCUGUACUACCUGUCCUUCGGUCUGUGGAUUCUCUACUUUUCGCCUGAUGUGCCCUCGGCUUCCAUCAUUACCUCGCUCAUGUUCUCCUUCGUCAUUGCCUUCUGUGGUGUUAUGCAACCCGCUUCUCUCAUGCCUGGUUUCUGGACCUUCAUGUACAAGCUGUCUCCCUUCACCUACAUUAUUCAGGCCUAUGUUGGAGAUGUUAUGCAUGACCGAAAGAUUACCUGUCUGCCCCGAGAGUUCUCUCGAUUCAACCCUCCCAGUGGGCAGACUUGUCAGGAGUAUGCUGGUAAGUUCCUGAGCCAGGCCACCGGCUACCUUGAGGACCCCAACGCCACUACCCAGUGUGGUUACUGCCCUUACUCUGUGGCUGACGAGUUCAUUGCCACUGUGGGCAUCAAGUACCACUACCGAUGGCGAAACGUUGGUUUCAUCUGCGCCUACAUCAUCUUCAACAUCUGUGCCAUGGUUCUUUGCUACUACCUGGCCCGUGUUCGAGUGUGGCGAACUGGUGCUGCCAUUGCUGACUGGAAGGCUAAGCGAGCCAACAAGAAGAAGGCUGCUUCCAGCGAGAAGGCCUAG